CAAAAAAAUAAAAAAUAAAAAUAGGAGAAGAGAACUUUAUCUACUUCUACAGUGUAAAAACCCUAGGGUAUGACAGUAGGGAAUUGGUUCUAAACCCUAGUUCAAUGUUGGUUCUCUUGUUCCGAUAAUUACCAGUUCAUAUCAAACAAUCAGAACAACGAAGAAAGAAGCUACACAGAAGCUAUUGGUGUGUAGAAUCUCCGAGAAUCUCAGUGGUGUCUGUCUUCGCCAAUGGAGAAAGGACCUUCUUUUCUAUUCUCAGGCAUCACCUUCAACAAAAAGAGGUUCGCCAGCGACUUCGCGAGGUUCAAGGAGAAGAAAGAAAGUGAUGAUUUAUUAAACGAUACAUCGAGCUUGGUCGAAAGCCAAAACUCUGAAAUAGAAGAGAGGACGGUGCCAGCCAAGAAGAGGAAGAGGAAGUCAAUGGUUUCAGAACCAGUUGAAGGAUUCAAUGUAUUCAAAAGUUCAAAAUCAGAAGACGUGAUGGAAGAGAAUGUCCAGACUGAGAAUGAUGUUUCCCAAGGAAAGAAGGAACUGUACAGACAAAUGGAGCGGGAUGCGCUUUUCCGGAAGAAACAUAACAUCCACACUUCUGGGAGUAAUGUCCCAUCUCCUCUUCAGAAUUUUACUGAGUUAAAAUCAAGAUAUGGAUGCAAACAAUAUUUGUUACGCAAUUUUGCAGAACUUGGAUAUAAAGAGCCAACACCAAUUCAAAGGCAGGCUAUUCCAGUUAUUUUAUCUGGGCGGGAAUGCUUUGCUUGUGCUCCAACUGGUUCUGGCAAAACCUUGGCUUUUGUUUGUCCCAUGCUUAUGAAACUUAAGCAUGCUUCAAAAGAUGGUGUCCGAGCUGUGAUCCUUUGUCCUACACGAGAGUUAGCUGCUCAGACAGCAAGAGAGUGCAAGAAGAUGGCUAAAGGAAAGAAAUUUUAUAUCAAGUUAAUGACCAGUCAGCUUGUUAGAAGUGCUGAUUUUUCAAAAUUACAUUGUGAUAUACUCAUAUCAACACCACUUCGGUUACAGUUUGCCAUACGCAAAAGAAAGCUUGAUUUAAGCAGCAUUGUGAGUUAGUGUUACCAUGCUUCC